ACAGCGGCUCGGUCGGAGUUGAGCGAGAGCGCCGUGAAUGAGGCUGCGGCGCGCGCGUGAAGUGAAUGGCUCGCGUGCGUUGGGAAAGUGGCCACGGAGCGAGGCGCUCGAGGAUCCCGUGCGUGAGCCUGCGCGACGGCGCCUAUAGCGGUGGCAGCAGCAGCAGCAGCAGCGGCAGCAGCAGCUCCUAGGGGGGGCCUCUCUCCACCUGCCCGCGGUCGCAGCGCUGAGAACCAUAAUCAAAGAUGGAAGAGACCUCAAAGAUCAUGUAGUCCAAUCCCCCCACUGAUGCAAGACACUCACUACUACAGCAUUGCUGAUCUAAGGGGGAAAGAGCUUUGCUAUUGGUAUGAGGAAACUGAUUACUAUUUCAUCAACAAUUCAAAUCUUUACUACUGGGAAAGGAAAGCCCCGCGUUUUACUAGAACAGCUCUAGCAGUAUGGAGAGUUCAGUGCAUAGCGUAAUGUCCAUGCUGUGCUACACUCUGAUUAUAGCAUUUCUGAUCGGCAUACGGGCAGCACCAAAAACUGAAGAUAAUGCACCACUGGGGUCUCCUGCAACAUCUGGCAUUUCUGAAAGCAGACGGACUAAAACACACCACAUUAUGAAAACUUCUCAGCACAGAGACCACAGCCAGCCUGUUACUGGGAAGGUAGUGAACAGGAAAUCUGGGCAAGCUGCGAGCAUCAUAGUGGAUCCAAAGCUUUUUCAGAAGAGGAGGUUCCAGUCACCUCGGGUUUUGUUCAGCACUCAGCCUCCACCUCUGUCAAGAGAUGGGCCGAGUGUGGAGUUCCUAGACAGCACAGACUCUACGAACAGGACGAUCCGAGCCAAGCGCGCAACUCACCCUGUGCACAACCGAGGAGAGUACUCUGUGUGCGACAGUGUUAGUGUGUGGGUUGCCAACAAAACCACAGCAACAGACAUUAAAGGCAAAGAGGUGACUGUGGUGGUGGACGUAAACUAUAACAACUACCCUUACAAACAGUACUUUUUCGAGACCAAGUGCAGAGACCCUAAGCCAGUGUCUAGCGGGUGCAGAGGCAUUGAUGCCAGGCAUUGGAAUUCCUACUGCACCACCACACACACCUUUGUCAAGGCACUGACAAUGGAUGGCAAGCAGGCAGCUUGGCGCUUCAUUCGGAUUGACACAGCCUGCGUAUGCGUAAUCAGUAGGAAAACAGAGAACCUCUGAGAUAGACCAACCCUCCAUCCUAUACCCACCUCCUCCCAGCCCCCUACCUCAGCCUGUAAAUUAUUUUAAGUUAUGAGGACUCUAUGGUAUAUUUAUAGUUUAUACAGUAAAGAAAUGAAUCCUCAUUAUUUAUUAAAAUCUUUUGAAACUGCU